GCUGUGGGCCACUGUGGGCUGUGAUCGUCGCUCGCUAUCCUGCGAUAUUGUUUGGUUGCCUUGGCUGUUGAUGCCCGUCGUGUGGUUGCGUUUUGGGUGACCAACGCUCGCUUUUCUGAGUAUAAUUUAACUGAGCGCUUUUUAAGACAGGUUGGUGUGAAUCUCGAGUGAGCUGUUUACCCUUUUGGCAACAUCUAGAAUUGCAAGCCGCGUUUCUCUGUCGCAAAGCGUUCGUUACUGCAGCAAGAAUGGCUGUUGUUUGUCAGUCGCGUUUUGCUGUUCUGAAAGUUGAGGGUGAAGAGCCCGAAGAACAGCAGAAGCAAGUCAAAACUUCCAAACCAGCAGCCAAAGCUACUGUUAAAGGUGCAGAGAGUAAAGCAAAACCCAAGAAGAAGAAAAGGCCUACUGAUAAAGACGCCGCUGUGAAGCCGAAGCCAAAAGCUGAAGUUCCUAGCGAAGGAUCAGAAAACUGGGAGUCUUGGAAGAAAAGGGAUGAUCAGUUUGUCACUUACACUUAUGAACAGGACCUUCAGGAAGCACUACGACUCAGUCGUUUGGAAUAUGAAGAGAACGGACAAUUAUACACACCACAGCAAAAGGAUGCACCUCCAGUGAAACUGGUUGCUGGGGCGAGCUCAGAGAGUAAGCCAAAAAAGAAGAAAAAGAACAAGGAAAAGAAGACUGCAACCAUGACAUUGGAAGAGUUCAACCACCGUGAUGAUGCUGGCACAGAAGAAACUACAGACGUCACCGAGGAAGAUGCCGAAGUUCCUGUCACAAGGAGCAUGCAGGAGACAAGAAAAGUUCCCGUGGAGAGGGAGGACUUCUUUGAUCGAGUACUCAAAGAUGCCGAAAGUAUUAUAAUGAAAGAGCAGAAAGCUGAUGAACAGAGAAAGAAACAGCCCUUUUGCCUCGAACAAGUGCGACAGAUCCAGUAUCAAGAAGAACUAGAAAAAAAAGAUUUAGAAAUUGCACGGCUCAGUUCGGAAGUUGAGCGGCUCACGAAGGAACUCAAAGUUGUGAAGGUCCGAAACAAGCAGCUGUGUGUCAUCUUGGGCCACGGUGAAAUGAAAGACAAGGCAGAGAUCCUCAAGAACUACGAGGAGUUGUCUCAAGUGAAAGACGAACUCACCCAAGAGGUUAUGGAGUUGCAUGCUGCCUUAGAGCAAGAACGUUCCAAGGUACAUUCCUUACAAACGGAGCUCAAGAAGCCAGGAAAAAAAGAAAAUCGGUGAUGGUGGCCACCUCGUAUUUGCAGAGCGACUUCGGCUAGUCUUCCAAGAAGCCUGGUGGCGGUAUCGAACUGGACAGGUUCCAGAGGCUUUUUUCCUUUUGUACAUAGCAAGGAUGGGAUAAAAAUACAUUUCCCUGCA